UGGAGGCCUUCCGCGAGUGCUGGAAACGACAAGGCAACGACGAGCGCACCCAGACCAAAGACGCCUAAAUCCUCCCUCUUCCCUCCCCUUCUCAACGCUGUAAACCCGCACCCAUCGAUCGAGACCCUGUACAAUAACUGCAUAAUGGUAUUUCCUGUAUACUAUAAAGGCCAUAUUUAAAAAAAAAAAAAAAAAAAAAGCAAAAGAGACCCAAUUCCGCUACUCCACGCAACCCCAUGUUAUAUCACGUGAUCCCAUCCCUAGUGCUCCAGCUUUGGACCUCAAAUCAUCAACAACACGAGCUUCCCCAGCCAAAGCCUCACCAAACCAACAUCGAGCCUGCAACACACCACAAUCAUGGCAUUAUUGUUUCACAGACCGCUACUCCUACGCGCUGCCACGCGCCCCCUGAUCUCUACCUCGCUCCCCUGCGCAACCAGAUCCCUCACCCAAACCUCCUUCACGCGACAGUCUCAAUCCCAACAGCCCCAAUCACCCCCAGCAGCAUCUACCACCCCAUCCUCAGCCAAACCACAACCCAGCGCCACCAGCGCCACCCAGCGCGCAACCCGCAUCUCCGCCCCCACCCCGAACCACCCAACAACAGACAACAUCUCGAAAACCGGGCUCGCCGAUAAACCGCUGGAGCUCGAAAACCCGCCGCAAGAGAAAAUCGACUGGACGCGGUCGUUCCACGGGCUCAGCGCAGAGCCGUUCCCCAAGGAAGUCGCAGAGAUCUUACUCGCCGCGACAGAACCCGAGGAAGUCGAGAUCAAACCUGAUGGCAUCCUCUACUUGCCUGAAAUCAAGUACCGGCGGAUUCUGAACCGGGCCUUUGGGCCGGGGGGGUGGGGUCUGGUGCCGAGGAGUGAGAGCAUUGUUACCCCGAAGACGGUGACGAGGGAGUAUGCGUUGGUUUGUAAUGGACGGCUUGUCUCUGUUGCUCGCGGCGAGCAGGAUUACUUUUCCCCCGAUGGGAUCCCCACUGCUACGGAGGGAUGCCGGUCUAAUGCGCUUGUGCGGUGCUGCAAGGAUCUAGGGAUUGCGAGUGAACUGUGGGAUCCGCGGUGGAUCCGCAAGUUCAAGACCCAGUAUACGCGGGAGGUAUUUGUCGAGCAUGUUGUGAAUCGUCGGAAGAGUAAGAUUUGGGUGCGAAAGGAUGAUCCGGUUUCGUAUCCGUGGAAGGAAACAAAAUAGACAGACAGACCACACUCAUUUGGGUGCUCUGGGGUCAUUGUGUGCCGUGUGGAUGUCUAGGAUGGAUAUAUCAGAUCAGGGUUCUGAUUUUCUAGGGUCGAGAUAGAGGACGUGGUUGGGAAGUUGUUGUUGUUGUUGUGUGUACUAUACUAGACUAUCCAUAUCCAUGGCUGACUGUGAUGCAUGCAUGGUACAGCAGUUGGGAGUGGUGAAAUGUAACAUAGAAAUCUCCCAAUUCCUUGCAUUCCAUUCCAUGCUAAAUAAAUUGCUUAGCAUGAGUGUCGUAUGACUUCCACAUUUGAUACGUAUACGACAAACCCCGUUAUAGUUCA